AAUCUGUGUCAGGUUACCAGGCUCAGCGUAGGCCUACAUUUAACCAUACUGACGACUUUCCGCAUCGUUUACCAAACAAAGUCGUCUGGUCGACAUCACGUUGGUCACCGGUUCUCCAGCCGGACUGACUUCUGACUUGUCCUGCUCAGGAGAACACAGUAGUCCGUCUCUCCGACACUAAACACUGACGAAACAAUAACAUGGAAAUCUGAGUCCGGAAAGUACCGUUCUAUUUAGAUUACUUUGGACCUGUUACUGUACCACGAGCGGUCACGCCUGUUUACUACAUUUGUUUACUACAUCUGUGGUGUUUGGACACGGCGCGUGGGCGCGGAGACGAGACAGAAGAAGAAACACGGUGCAGGAAGCCGUCACAGCUCGUCACUCCGCGGUCCGGGUUUCAGACAUGGCUGAUCUGCUGAGGCUGCUUCUUCGGGUGGCUGAGAAAGCCGCUAACGUGGCUCGAGUCUGCAGGCAGGAAGCUCUUCUCUUUCAGCUUCUCGUACAGGAGAAAACCGGAGAUGACAAAAACAAGAAGUUUGUUCAGGACUUUAAAACUCUUGCCGAUGUGGUGAUUCAGGAGAUGAUCCGUCAUGAUGUCGGAGCCCAGUUUCCUGAAAUGACUGACUUCAUACAUGGAGAGGAGUCCAACAAGUUUGAAAACGGGCUUGGAGAGAGUGUGACCGUCACAGUGUGUGCUACACAAGAGGAGACUGCAGCCCUACUGGCGACAGUGUUAAAUGGGGACAACAUGGCAGCUUCUCUCCUGGCACGGGCCAUCCAUCAAGACCCAGUAAGCACAGACAUGGGCACCGAGAGUCUCAGUGUGCCCCUCAGUCCCUCUGAGCUGGGUAUUUGGAUCGACCCGAUAGAUGCUACCAGCCAGUAUAUUGAAGGUCGUGAGGAGGUUUUGGAAGAAGGCCAUCUGUCUCCAUCAGGUCUGCAUUGUGCUCUGGUUCUGAUAGGAGUAUACCACCGUAACACAGGGGAACCAGUGAUGGGGGUCAUUAACCAACCUUUUAACUACAAAGACCCAGCAGGUGGUGGCUGGAGAGGAAAACAAUUCUGGGGUGUGUCAUAUGGAAGCAUCAAUGCCUGCUCCGUCUCCCAACCCAAACAUGGACCUAACAAGAGCAGAGGGGGUGGAAGAGGGCUGUCGGUGGUGCUGAGCUCCAGUGAGAAGCAGGUGGUGAAGGAAGCCCUGGUCCCACUGUGUGGCCCUGACAGGCUGAUGUACGCCUCUGGAGCUGGCUACAAGAUCCUGUGUGUGAUCCAGGGCUUGGCUGAUAUCUAUGUCCUCUCAGAGGGCAGCACCUUCAAGUGGGACUCCUGUGCGCCUCACGCCCUGCUGCGGGCGCUGGGGGGCGGCGUGGCAGACCUGACCAAGUGUCUCCGCUCCAGCGAGGGAACAGAGGGUCACCAGGCAGAACUCACAUACCACCUGCCUCACAAUGAGCACCAGGGGGCAGACCGCUGGGCCAACCAGGGGGGCUUGGUGGCUUAUCUAGACGGUGCUCUGCUCUGUGCUGUCACUGGGGGCAUGAGGGGCAAACUAUGAGUGAAGAGGCAGUCCAGCUGCUGUAACUGCUGCUGCUGCUGAGCUCUUAUUCAUCCUUUCUAGUUUGUGAAAAAGUAGGGUUCGGGAUGGGGAAAAUUAUUGUUAUGAUCAACUAUGCUUUCUCAUAUUUAACAUACAUAUAUAUGCAAUUAUAAAUGUAGGUAGGAAUAUGUCAUACCCGGGCUGAGUAAUUGUGUUUUUGGCCUUUCGUGCCUGAUGUGUGAUACAAUGCUCACCACAGAGGUUCAGACAAUCAGAAGAAAACAUGUUAUGUUUCCUGUAGAGCAGUUGUGUUACGUAGAGAACGUGCUGUAGUAAACCUUAUGUUUCCUGUAGGGCAGUUGUGUUACGUAGAGAACGUGCUGUAGUAAACCUUAUGUUUCCUGUAGGGCAGUUGUGUUACGUAGAGAACGUGCUAUAGUAAACCUUAUGUUUCCUAUAGGGCACGUGUCUUAAGUAGUGAACAUGCUGUAGUAAACCUUAUGUUUCCUGUAGGGCAGUUGUAUUACAUAGAGAACGUGCUGUAGUAAACCUUAUGUUUCCUGUAGGGCAGUUGUGUUAUGUAGUGAAUGUGCUGUAGUAAACCUUAUUUUUCCUGUAGGGCACGUGUCUUACGUAGUGAAUAUGCUGUAGUAAACUUGCCCAUCUUUUACUUACAGCAGCCACAAAUAAACAUAAGUACUCAUGAAUACA